AUGCCUUCUCCUUUCUCAUCGCAGACCCUGCUUCAAGUUCGAAUCUCCUACCGCCACGCCUUUGUCGACUCGUCGGAUUAUCAAGACAGGGCGUCAGCCAUGAAGUAUGGUAUCGCCGAAGACUAG